AUGGCAGAAGAGGCCAGGAUGAAGCUGCUGACCCACAACUUGCUGAGCUCCCACGUGCGUGGGGUGGGGCCCCGGGGCUUCCCUCUGCCCAUCCAGGCCACCGAGAUCCGCGUGAGCCCCAUGGACUUCAACCCGGACUUUGUGACGCGCAUGAUCCCCAAGAUGGAGUGGACGGCACUGGUGGAAGCGGCCGAGAGCCUGGGCCACCUGUCUGAGCUGCCCCGACAGCUGGCGGAGGGCUACGAGAAGGACGAAGAGUUCCUGAGGAAGGUGCACCACGUGCUGCUAGAGGUGGAGGUGGUCGAGGGCACUCUGCAGUGCCUGGAGUCCGGACGCCUGUUCCCCAUCAGCCGAGGGAUCCCCAACAUGCUGCUGAGUGAGGAAGAGGCCGCGUCCUAGGCCCAGGACCCACGCCCCCUCCCA